AGUCANGCCUCUACAUCACAGGAAGACCAUGAAAGCAAUUCAGGAUCCACUUCCUCCAGGAAAUUGAGAGUGACUCUGUUAAGCAGUGAAUGGAGAUCAACAAAAGGAGGCUUGUCAACCAUCAACCGAGAGCUGGCUAUUCAGUUGGCGAAACACCCCAGCGUGGAGGUCAGUGUUUACCUCCCUCAUUGCAGUGAAGAAGAUAAACGAUUUGCUGCAAGUCACUAUGUACAGCUUAUUGAAGCACAAAAAAUGGCAGGUUAUGACAAUCCCGUUGACUGGUUGUCCUCUCUACCAGAAGACCACGCUGUGGACUGUGUGAUAGGACAUGGGGCUGUUCUUGGUCGGCAAGUGCAGUUCAUCAAGCGAACUCAUCCUUACUGCAAGUGGAUUCAGAUCGUUUAUACAGCUCCAGAAGAGCUUGGAAUGUACAAAGAAUAUGAAGAGCACAUUUCCAGAGGCGAGGACAAACACCAGGUUGAGGUUGAACUCUGUAAAUUGGCUGAUCAAGUUGUGGCAAUUGGACCCAAGCUGGCUGAAGUAUUCUCAGGGUGUCUUCGUUCUUGUGGGAAAGAUCAAGAUGUUCUUAAUUUUACCCCAGGAAUUUUCUCUGAGUUUGCAGAUGUAAACCAAGCCUUUGAAGAAAGAAAGGCAUUCAAUGUUUUGGUCUUUGGACGUGGUGACAAUGAAGAUUUCCAGCUGAAGGGAUAUGGCAUUGCUGCCCAAGCCAUUGCUGAGUUGAAAGACAUGACCUUCAAACUUGUGUUUGUUGGAGCAACACGGGAAGAAGAAGAGAAAGUAGCAAGAAAGUUAGUGGAGCAAAGCGUUGAUGCUAGUCAACUUAAAGAGUGUUGCUUUAAUGAAAGUGGGGAGAAACUAGCUGAUUUAUUUUGCGAAGCAGAUCUUGCUGUAAUGCCAUCACGAACUGAGGGAUUUGGUCUAGCUGCCCUUGAGGCUUUAUCUGCUGGUCUACCUGUGCUGGUCAGUGGGAACUCUGGUCUUGCGGAAGCUUUGAAGAAAGUUCCACAUGGUUCAAGCUGUGUUGUGGAAUCAGAAGAUCCUAAAGACUGGGCCAGUGCAAUCAGAGCUGUCCGUCACAAAGACAAGGAAAUGCGACUUGGGGAGUUUGAUGUUGUGCGUGGAGCAUAUGCAAAAAAGUACAGCUGGAAGGAACAGUGCGAUAAACUUGUUGAAAGGAUGAAAGUGAUCUCUUCAGAAGGUCAGUUAAAAUGAGUACUAUUGUAUUGCGUCUUCUGUUGCAUAUACACUAGUAAUGUUCUCCCUAUCAGGCGGUAACCGAUAAAAUUUACUGCCUGAAGCAACAUUUCUUACCGCCUGCAAUGGCCUGAAGGUUUACUAAAAUUAAAGAAAUACUUUUAAAAAAUACACAAGUUGUGAUCUGAUCCAAUUAUCACAUGCCACAAGAAAAUGAAUGAAUGUAUGGACUUACGUAAGUAUGCACAGCUUUUCUUUUUAUGUGCCACACAUUCUGGAAAGAGAACAUUGAAGACACUAUUGGAAUCAAUCGUUUUAACUUGUUCUGAAAAGGUAACAACGGCCAAUUUGCGUAAAGCAGGUCUUAUAUUUAGGGAAUGACAUUUCAGAGAACUUAGCUCCUAAAUUUCCCAGAAAGAGCUGGGCCAUUUCCCGCACUCCACCUACCGCCUGUCCCGACGCCUGUCCCCUGAAACGUACACCUCUGUGGUGCCUAUUUUUUUGCCUUACCGGCUGUGAAUGGUCCCUUACCUGCUGAGCAAAAAUCUAGGGAGAACACUGCAUUAGACUUUAAAUGAAAUGUAUGCUAGCCUGCAAUUAAAACCGGCUCUCCCAUCGCUCCCUGCCACAGGCAAUAUUUUGUGGAAGAGAAUGAUGAGAGGCGGCUGUAAUCGCAGGGUAAAUGUAUGCUUAAUAGUUAGGAUUUAUUGCGUUUACAAAGUAAAAAGAUCCCGUGCACUCAUUCAACUUGAAAGCAUUGUUAAUGCAUGCUCAUUUAGAAGCAGAUAUUAUCACAAACAACUGCACCUAUAUUUUGGCAGAAAUAGCUUUAUUAUAUAGACACGAGUGUUUUACUGGAAAAUAGAUCACUCGUAAAAUUCAUAAAAACUACAUCCGGUACCCGAGUGGUUUAUUUUCCAUAAUCUCACACGUGAGUUUAUCGAUAACGUUAUUUCGGUAAUUUCCCUCUAUUAUUUUAUCGAUGUCAUUUUGUCUAUGUAAUAAAAAGAACAUUACAUGGCGGCUUGAAGAUAUGAAUUUUAUUUUCUCCUGGUAAAAACAACAUUUUACUCGCUGUGCUCGUUCGUAAAAUAUUGUUUUGCCACUCGAAUAUAAAAUUCAUAUCUUCGCGCCACCGUGUAAUAUCCUCUAUGUAUUAUUUGAACGAUAAAUAAACAAGAAUAUUUCUAUAGAGUUGGGCUGGAAGUAAAACGCUAUCUGAAACAUUGAUCGGAGGUUAAGGUGCCUUGUACACGUUAAUUCUCAGUUGAAAACAAAAGCACGUUAGGUGGCAAUUCUGCUGGCAAAAAUAAUUAGACCAACACCAAAACUGAUUUCAUUUCAGAAUCAUCAAAGAGACUUCAGUCUUUGGACAAAGGUAAAAGGCCAUUAUCCCCAAGUGAUACCCCAGCUUCAAAACCACCGAGACUAUUGAGAUAUGCAGGUAAACCAUCUGUUGCUGCAGUACAUCAAUCAUUAGAGUUUUCAGUCUAUACAUGUAGUGCAGAGCUGUAUUGAUUUAUAGCCUAGCACACGCAGCGGAGCACCUUGGGUAAGAACAAUUUCGACCCCAGAGCUCUAGUCUGCGCAAGACUGCCAGGGAGAAAUAGCUCUGGGGAACCCUGGAGCAAGAUUGUCUCUGAUUGGUUUCAGCAAAAAAACAAUAAAAGUGUUUCUGAUUGGUUCAUUCAAGUUUGCACGACAGUUGGUCAACGCGCGGCGUGUCUGGCGUGUGAGCGGGUUUUCCUAGAAAUGUUGAUGUAAACACACCCAGCCGAUUCUUGAUUUCAGCGAUUCCAAAAUAACGCUUGCUCGACUAAUUAGGCAGAAUAACUGGAUUCCCCGAUGUUCAAAUAAAAUACGUUACCUGCAUAUCGAAAAUUGACCAACAAAAAGAUUUGAAUGUUAAAAAUUUGAUAAAAAUACUCCGACUUUUUCAGCUACAAUUUAUGCGUGAGUUGUGGAAGUAAAAGCCUGAAGAUGAAGUUAAUACUUGUAGCAUAAAAGAAAUUAGAAAUGGAGAAAACAGCUGUUUCCAGCACCACAAAGUUACUGAAAUGGAAGAUAACACCGCUCAAGGGUACUGCCGGCGAAUGGGUAAGAUUUGAAAACAUGUUCCUGACAUAAGUUGAUGCGAAGUCGAUUUCCGACGAAGAGAAAUUCGGGUACCUUCUAGAAUCCGUUAGCCCGCAGGUGAGAGACAGAAUUGCAGAUUUAAAGCCUGGAACUGUUAGUUACAAGACAGUGUGGGAUCGACUAAAGAAAGAAUACUGGCAAACAAAGGUCGUCAUGAAUGCACACAUGGAGGAAAUCGAAACCCUCGAAGUGACAAGGGUUUGUUAUGACUACGCUUAACAAGUUACCUCAGGUAAAGCCCGAUCUGGUGAGGGUGGAUGAAAGUUGGGAGGAAUGGUCCAUGGAAGACCUGAUUGAUGCUCUGCAGAAGUGGCUUAGGAGAAAUCACGUCGAAAGUAGCAAAUGCGAAAAAGCAUCUGUUCUCACAGAAGUAAGGAGACAAGCUGAAGCCCUAUUGCCUUUUCUGCCGAAAACAAGAGCACUGGAGUGAAGACUGUACCCUGGUAACAACGUUAGCGGAUAGUAAGAAGUUCUUCGUAGAUCACAAUUUGUGUUUUAAUUGUGGACAUUCAAACCACAGUGCAGACCAGUGCCGUAGGCGUGGUUGCGCGAAGUGCAAAUACAAGCAUCAUGUAAGCAUAUGCGAUAGACCGGAGAGGGAAAACAGUAAUCCAGAUGGAGUGUCAGUGACAUUCUACCCCAAUUAUGCAGAGGAGAAAGUGCUACCUGCAAUUAUUCCGGACAGUAUUGAAGGACAAGUGCUUUGGGCCUACCUAGAUACAGGAUCUGGACGCAACUUCAUUUCACGUGAAGCAGUCAGUUUAAAGCUACGAGACUCACGAAAUCUUGACAUUUAAUUGAACCAAAGUCCACACAGUGCCAAUCUUUGACACCCACAUUAAAUUCUUGGACGGAGAAUCAUGUGAAGAGGUGGAAUUCACUGGAUCGAAGUUAGCUGAUUUUACUACAGUGAGAAGGGCAGACAUUAAUCAGCGGAAGUUGAAGUAUUCACAUACACAGGACAAGAGGUUCUACAUGACGUCCACAGGAGAACAUUAGAUACACCUCAUUCUCGGACACGGUAUUUAUAGCAAAAUAAAGACGGAGAGAGUAUUCAAAGGGCACCCUGGAGAGCCGCUGGUAUGGGAGACAACUUUCGGUUGGGUGGUGCAUGCGGGAGACGAAUAUGGGAGUGGAAACAGCUGCAUGUACAUGAGAGAGCUUAAUGACUAUGAGAAACUGUACAGUUUGGAUGUACUGGGAGUCGAGGACCGGGGAGAGAAUGAUCAACUGCGUGACUUUGAAGAGAGUGUUGUGAGAAAGCAAGAUGGAAGGUAUGAGGUUGGUUUUCCUUGGAUACCGGGAGCCACAUUAACGAACACAAAUGACGCACUCAGCCGAAAGCGGCUUGAAAACGUGGAAAGAAAGCUGUCAAGAGAUGAGAAACUGAAAGGAGAGUAUGGUGGCAUCGUUGAAGAGCAACUCAGAGCAGGGGUAAUCGAGGAAGCACCUAAGAGUCCGUCUGGAAAACGUGUGUUCUACAUGCUACACAAGCCAAUUGUAAAGCAGAGUACAGUUACGACGAAGGUUCCCAUGGUGUUUGACGCGAGCGCUAAGCCCAGCCUUUGAUUAACAACAUCAAUGAUUGCAUGUUUACUGGUCCCCCGUUGCAGCCGUUUCUCUGGGACAUAACGGUUAGAGUGCGAAUGUCCACAAGUCUGCUUCUUGGAGACAUAGAAAAGGCGUUUCUCCAGAUAGGUGUGAAAGAGGAGGAUAGAGAUGCAUUCAGAUUCUUGUUCAACAUUAAAGGAACAGAGAAACAUUUAAGAUUUACACUGAUACCUUUCGGAGUUGAAGCAAGUCCUUUCCUACUGGGAGCCACUCUGCAGCAUCACAAAAAGGAUCAGAAUUUGAAGACAGUGAGAGCACUUAAGGAGAACACUUAUGUUGACAAUCUCAUGCAAACGGGAGGAAAUGACGAGGAACUCAUGCGGUUCAAAGCAGAGAGUACUGCCAGACGUGAGUCUACCAGGUUCCCGGUGCACAAGUUUCAAGUUUCUUGAAAGUGAAGGCAUGCGAAACCCAAGCAAGAUCCUUGGACACGCGUGGAAUAAAGAUGAUGACACACCGGAGCCGCUUGCAAAGCCUUUUCCACAAGAACAUCCAGUUACCAAGCGCACUAUACUCAGUUACCUAGGAACUGUCUACAGCCCACUCGAGAUAAUCUCACCCACCAUGGCUGAGGGAAAGCAUAUUUAUCGAGAAGCCUGCGAUGAGAAGAAAGGCUAGAAUGCAGAAGUUUCCCCCAGAUUGAAGAACCAAUGGUUAAGGUGGACGAAGCAACUUAGAGAUGUAAACGUGUCUACAAGUAUUGCUUCAUUCGUCAGAGAGAUAGGAGCAGUUCAUUUACAUCUUUUCGCAGAUGCCAGCAUAUUAGCAUGCUGUGCAGCAGCUGUUGCGGGGGUAGAACAUGAGGCAGGCGUGACCAAAGGACUUCUGACCUCAAAGUCGCGGAUAUCAAAGAGAAGUUCAUUAAUAGCAAGACUGGAGCUCGUAAGUGGCCACAUGGCAGUAAACAUUGCGAAGAACCUCUUCACUGCUCUCCAGCGGUGACCCAUCAAAACCAUCAACAUUUGGAUGGAAAGUAUGGUAGCACUAUGUUGGAUACCAAUCCUGGGAGAGGGUGGAAGGUGUUUGUAUCAAAUAGAGUAAAGAAGAUAGCAGAAACGGCUGGUCCAGUCAACAUCACUUGGAAGUACUGCCCAUCAGAGUUGAAUCUAGCAGACCUCGGAAGUAGAGGGGCAACCAUUGUGAAGAUGGAAAGAGGAAACUGGUUUGGCGGUCUGGAUUGGCUCUUGGACAAAAGGCGGUGGCCAGAGCAGCCUAGGCUGAAUAGCACCAAAGAAACAGAUGAAGAGAGUAAGGUCACCCAAGAGGCAGUUCUUCGAACACAAGAGCGUAUGUUCGUUGAUUGGAAUGCCGUGCUAGAAAGGAGCACCUACUGGCGUACAAUGGGAGUAACAGCAUGGGUGUUACGGUUUAUCAGAAACUGUAAAGGAGCAAGUCAAAGAAGAGGUCGUGAGAGAUCACAACUGCAAGUGACUACUGGGUAAAGCGAGUUCAGAAAGCAGAAGAAACAUGUCUGAAGUCCCCAGGAUGGAAGUUGGCCAAAGAUGACCAUACAGGAGUUCUCACGUCUGAAGGCAGAAUUACAAGAUUAAAGGCCGAUUUACCUUCCUGGUGGUCUACCUGCGGAGAAGCUUAUCUUUCACAUCCACAAUCAGGUCAUGCAUCUUUGUGUCGCAGACACGAUGGCGAGUGUGAGAGAAAACUGGUGGAUACCGAAGUUGAGAGCGAAAGUGAAGAAGGUCAUUAAGAACUGCAACAUCUGCAAAAUAUACUCCAUCAAACCUUAUAGAGUGCCAUCAACUAGUGCUUUGCCAGAAUAUAGAACGGAGGGGAGCAGACCGUUUGAAGUAACCGGGGUGGACUUUGCCAGACCCUUCCUGUACAAGGUCGGUAAGAAAGAAGAAGGAAAGUGCUAUGUCAUUAUUUUCAACUGUACCUGCUCCAGAGCGGUCCAUUUGGAAGUUGCAAGCACCCAAGCGGCAGAUGAAUUCAAGAGUAAGCUGAAUGCCUUUAUCUCGUGACGGACAAGACCUCGCAUCAUCAUCUCGGAUAAUGCCAAAGUGUUUAAGGCUACAGCUGAUUGGAUCAAGACAGUGAGAAAAAGUGAGAAGUUGCAGAAUUACGUAGCACGUGAGAACAUCCGCUGGCAGUUUAAUCUUGCAAAAUCACCCUGGUGGGGAGGAAUAUAUGAGAGAUUAAUUAAGGAGGUAAAGAAGACCUCGCACAAGACCUUGGAGAGGUCACAUCUUUCCUAUGAAGCAUUUGAAUCAGUCAUCAUGGACAUCGAAAGAAAUUUGUCAGUGAAAAAUCGCCCCUUGACGUAUGUUGAAGCAGAGAGAGAGGAAGAGGCGGUGCUUACACCGAACAUGAUCCUGUGGGGACGAGAUGUGUAUGCUGUAGAAGACACUGAAAGCUCAGAUGCAGAGAAGCUGACAAGGAGGGCCAAACGAUUGGAAAAUGCUAAGGCCAAUGCAUGGAAACGCUGGAAAAGGGAGUAUGUCCACAGCCUAUUGGAAAGUCACAGGCUUAACAAUGAAACGGGAACCAUACCUCAAGUGGGAGAAAUUGUACUCAUCAUUGGAGACGAAAAGAACCGCGGAGAAUGGAGAAAGGGUAAAGUGGUGCGUUUUAUCAAAGGCAAAGAUGACGUCGUUAGAGGGGUAACAUUGUUACACAAAAGGCACACUAUAGACCGACCGCCUCAGUUAGUUUGUCAUGUGGAAAUCAGAGCGGUGGAGAAUGUUGACCAACCUCAAAAGGGGAGGAGAGAUCGAGCUGAUGUAGGAGAACAGAGCCAAGAAGAGCUGCAGCUCAGAUGGCUGCUCAGAGAAUCGCAGAACAAUUGCAAGAAGAAGAGAACUGAUAAGCUGAACUGUGUUUAAGUAUAAACCGGACUGCCAUAUAGCAGAUCGGAUUAGUUUCGAGUUUCGGUUGAUUGUAAACAUUGCGAGCUACAAUUUUUAGGGGAGUUGUGUAAGAGAGAUUUACCGACACUACCCCUCAUAGUUUUGUGUCCUUUAGUAGGACUAUUAAAUUAGGGCUAGGACUACCAAAUAAGGCAAUGAGCAUGUGCGAGAAAGAUAGAACUGGACGAGACGAAAAAGAGAGCGAGUUUUCCUUGUGGAGUUUUUCAUCGAGUAUUGUGAUUUAUUGUGAGUUCUUUCGGAGAGAAUAAACCAGGAAACCGUGUUAUCGUGAGUUGUCACUGUGAGUUCUAUGGGCUGUUUUAUUGUUCAGCUCAGUUGGUUUUAGUUUUUGCAAUCGAUCGCCCGAUACAUCAACACACACACCUGUGGGUAGGUUGGAGGCUUAUUAAAAAAAAACAAAUUCCUGAAAAUUUUAUAAGUAGGAAAAAUAUAAAUACGUUAUCUGCUGGUCCGCCGGGGGAGGAUUCAGAUGAAGGAAUAUCCUAGAUAGGUCCUGGUAAACGGCUUUUGUCUCUCAAAAUUCCCCCACUAUCCCGUACACAAAUGUUUCUAUAUGUAAUUUAGGGGAGGUUAAACAGGAGAAAAUGCUGGCCAGCAGUCUCCACCACUAAUCGUAUGUGGGGCGGUCUUGGGGUUUAGCAGGGCCUUAGUGAUUUACAGCGCUUUUGCAGAAGUCAAUUGUUUUUGCUCACGUUGCCUUUGCGUGCAGGAGUUCUAGUUGUGUUUUGCCCCCAACCCUCCCUCCUCUCUGGAUGUUUUUCUUGCUUAGUAUCUGCGCCUCUUUCCACAGAGGUUCUCAGUGUGAUGGUGGCUUGUGGGUGCCGCUCAUAGGGUUGUCAUGGUUACCUUCGAGGCUUGCUUGCGGCCUCCCUCUGUUUCAUCAGGCACCUUCCCCACACCCAUCUACAUGUAUUGUUGAUGGGUUUAAACUGGAUUUGUAUGCGCAAGCCAACUUGCGCAGAAGGUCAUCACCUUGUCGAUAUUUGGCAGGCACACUGUCCCUCUCUGUUCUCUCUCCAUUCUCCCACUCGUUCUCUAAGGGACAGUGAAGCCUGCGAAGGAGGCUAGUAUGGCAAGCCGUUUGUAGCAAAAUUCAGUCAAGUCAAAAAUUUAUACAAUCCAAUCAUUUUAGCAUAAUAAAUAAAGAAUAAAAAAGCAUUUAAUUUAAUCCUUAAAAAAUUCAUACAAUCCAAUCAUUGAAAUAUUUGUUAAAUCCAAUCUCCGAAAUAUUUAUUCAACCCAAUGACUGAAAUAUUUAUUCGAUCCAAAAACGGAAACGUAUGUUUAAUCCAUGCAUGGACAUAUUUAUUCAAUCCAUUCGAGAACACGUUCAAUACUCCAGGCAUUUCAUUUAAUCUUCCUGGGGCGAGCGCGGCCAACCUGAGUCGUAACAUAUAUGACUUCAUCUUUUUUUUUAACGUUGCCCAUUUUUGCCUUGCUGGAAAGGGAGGGGGAGGGGAGUAGAAAAAGUUGCAGUCCGCCGUUUACUAUUUUUAUAUUCAUUUAUAAAGUUAAUUCAUAUUUGGGUGGUACUCUUUACUUAUUAAUCAGGCUGGUGAUAUUCAUAUUGUUUUUCAUAGAGAGUGUGUCUGAAACAUCGGCCACUGAUCCUCCUCAAGUCAUUGCUCGUCAGAUAAGGAAUAAAGAUCUUCCCGCAAAGUCAAAGCCUUUUGAUGAUUGCCAAAUCCAAGUCGACAUUCUGUUACUGACGGUGAUGAAGGAAGAUACCUGCGAGGAUUGUGAAUUUCUAAGCUGCCUUGCAUAUCUAAAUCCUGAUUUCUGUAAGAUUUAUCACCCAGAUCUUGGCCACGUGUACCUUGGAGACAUGGGAGAAGAUGAUUUGAAACUAAACGUCGCUGUUAUGAAGUGCUACGAGGGUUCGAGCUCUACGGGAGGUUCUAUAGUGGUUGUAAUUAACGCUGUCAAGGUCUUGAAGCCGAAAGCAGUGUUUUGUGUAGGUUCUUGCAGUGGCGUAGAUGUCACUAAAGUUAGUCUUGGAGACGUAGUAGUUUUGAAGAAGUUAGUAACAUACGCUUUUUCAGAAGUUACGGAGAAUGGUAUUAAAGAACGUGGAGUCAAAGUUCCAUUAAAGCCUCAUCUUUCGAAAUUGAUUCUAAGUGCUGGUGAAGGUUGGAAGCCACCCUUGAAAGAUCCAGGAACACUCGAGGUAAGGAUGCAUCGCGGCACGUUUCUGAGUGGACCAGAAGUGAUAAAUAACCACAAGCGGUGUAGCGCACUCAUCGAAAGAUUUCCAGAAGCAGUUGCUAUCGAGCGAGAAGGUGAAGGUAAGUUUCUUGGCCAGUUGCUGUGUUAACAGAGUGUUCAUAAAUUCAAUUCAAUUCUAUUGUAAGAGAACAUUUUUUUAGGGGAGGCAUCUAUGAAUCAGAUUUAAAAAGCGAUCCACAAGAUUCCAAACUGACCUUUUCAUUACACAGUUAUCGCCACAUUGAACUCUGCCUUUUUUUCGAAUUUGCAGUUUUUGAGCGCCUGUUGGUUUUAAGAAAGUUGCUUUUUAUUCCUUUUCUUGUCAGCUGGCUAUUUUCCCUCGGUUGUGACUAGAAUGGAUACCUCAAAAUCAGGUUGGACACCUUAUGUUUAUUACACAACGCUAUACUCUACCCCACGCUAUACUAUAUUUAGGUUAAUUUACUGGGCUCGAGAACUUUUAGAAAAGUGGGGAAAUGAGAGUAAGAGACAGUUGUGCAAGGAAAAGAGUUGAAUGCAGGGUUUAGCACCGAAGCACAGUGAUAAGGGUUAAGCACUGUUUUAAAAACGGUUAGCUUUCAGUAAUGUAAUGAUUAACGCCAUGUAAAGUACGUUAUAACUAACCGGUGUCGGCAGUUAGCCCUUGAUGGUGUAGUGGAUACGGAUAUGGAUUAUACAUCAAAUGAGGCGGGUUCAAGUCCUACAUACUAUCUACUGUUUUCUUGUGUUUUGUUUCUUCUCUUAUUUACUACUUCAAGUUAUAAGAGUCCUAUCAUGUAUUUUGAGUGAAGAUGACAAUCUGACUUUGGGGUAUCCAUUCUAGUCACAACCAUUUUCCCUCUAUAUACCACACAAAAAGGUUAUUGCCCUCUGCAUAUCGAUGCUUUAAAAUCAAGUUCAAAGUGAUAAUUGUCAAGUCUUGUUCACUGUCUCUCUUCUUGAUCUGGUUCUUUCCAGUGGCGUCUGCAUUAGUCAACUCUUAACUCCACUUCUCUUCAUUUUCCACAAAUCUCCAUUUCAGGUUUGUUUGCAGCAGCGCAUGACCUGGAUAUUGAGUGGGUAGUUAUUAAAGGAAUUUCUGGCUACGCCGACGGCAGAAAAGUUAAGGAUUCUUGGAGAACAUUCGCAAGUUUUAUGGCAGCUUCUCUAACGGCUCACAUUCUCAGCGACGCUAUUGCUUUUCAAGCCUUGCCACACUAUGGGAGUGCAAGUGAGUAUUGGACAUUCAGGAAACGUUCAUGCUGAAUUUUCUAAUGCCAUCUCCUAUUCUCUCCUUCGGCUCAGUUGUAGUUUUGCUCCUCUCAUAAUCCAACCAGUAAAUGUUUUGAAAAGUUUUUUCCAACCAAUCUAAAUUUUGCUUUGCAGUUCAAAGAGUAUUUUUGGGUAAAUUGAAUGACAAAUGGCUUUUUUAUCAAUUUAGCUAGCUAAUCCUCUGAAAAGGGUGAAGUGAUCUAGCAGCGUUUUUUGACCUUUUUACAGUGAAACCCUGAGCUAACGACAGCCUCGUUUACAUGACCACGUUGUUGUUACGACCACAUUAGAGACCUUAAGAUCGAGGUUUGGCCAACUUUCCGCAAACGACAAACUGCACUCUACGGUUGGCGGUUUCACGUCAACGGUCUGCCCAUGUUGGUUAGCAUUAGAUCCCAUCGGCCUAAACCCUUGUACAAGAUAUGUAAAAGGUGUUUGACUUGUAACACCCAACACUGUUCAGGCGAGGAGGGAGGUCAUUUCCUCACCUAAAACACAGAGUGUCUCAAACGUUUUGUCCGCGCUCACAAAGCUAUCUUCUUACUUAAAAGAAAAGUAAAUAUAGAGCUAUUUUCCUUAUUACGUUAUACCAGAUGGCAUAAUUGCUAUACAGAACAGAAACAUUCAAAAUCACUCAAACCUUAGAGAUAUACGAUCGUGUGUAGUAAAAAAUAGUCAUUACGCCUUUUAUUAAGUACACGGGAAUUACGAUGAAGUGCUACAACUAAAUAGCGUGGUUGCCUUUAAUCAUAAUGACGAUUUCAACAAACAGAUCGCAGUAAGGAAAAACGACAUUGUUCAUAUUCCAGCACCUGGUACAGUGUAGUAAAAAAUAGUCAUUACGCCUUUUAUUAAGUACACGGGAAUUACGAUGAAGUGCUACAACUAAAUAGCGUGGUUUCCUUUAAUCAUAAUGACGAUUUCAACAAACAGAUCGCAGUAAGGAAAAACGACAUUGUUCAUAUUCCAGCACCUGGUACCCAGAAAUUUUGGUAGCAAAGACAUUGAUUUAAAAAAGGACUUCUCAGUCUUCAGACGACAUCAAAUACUGCAUAAGUCUUAGCAAAAGGUGGGGACAGUCGAUCAAGCUAAAUGUCAGGUUAUGUUUCUUCAUCGGCAAAAAAUAAAUACCACCGAAAAUAUCCGGUGAAUCUGCCUCCCUGCUCAAGACGUUUUGCCAAACUUACUCUGGACAGGAAAUAAGAACCGGAAACAUACCGCGGAAUGUUUGCUCGACAUCUCAUUGUAAAUCACGCACGCAACGUGACAUUCUUUGACGGUUCUCCAUGGGAACUUGUCCUUUGUUAACUGUCAGUAACUUUUGGACGAUCAUUUAAGCACAUAACUUUGUCGAGAAAGCUAUUUUCUUGUUAUCUUUGAGGAAAUCUUUAUCUGACAAGGCGAGAAAGUUAGAAAAUGCACAGUGCUCCACUCAUCGUUUAUUAGCCUGCGUAGCAUGGCGGUUUUGUCGAGCCGGGCGCAGGAGCGGCGUAGCGGUUUCUCUGCCCUCGCCCGCCUUUAUUACUUAGCGCGCCCAACCAAAACCGCCAUGCUACGCAGGCUAAUCGUUUAUUGAAAGUUUAUCAUAGGAAAAGGUUUUACUAACAUUUCAGUGGAGGACUGUUUGAAAUCCAAACGGAGGAUGUUUAUUUCACAAUUCAUACCGCAAUUUCUAUAGUAUAAAUUGUUGGUUGUCUUAUAAGGAAACAAAAAUUGGAUAGAAACCUACGUUGGAGAAAAGGGAAAUAAUUGACAAGUGGAGCACUGUGUUGCGUGACUAUGGAGCAUCGCGAGCACAGGAGCUCAGCAACUGAAAACACGAAAACAAGGUUUCACAACGGACUUCAUUCGAUGUAAUUGCAUCACAAGACGUAACUUUCAGCAAUAAGGUUUUUCAAGUUUACAACGAAUAUUCGAUUCAUGCAUUUUUUUUAGACCCAAUGGUUGGAUUGAUUCGCUCAUGCCUCUUAAUUGUGCGGUGUACAAUGAGACGUCUCAGACCAGAAUGUAUAAAUCAAAAAAGAUUUAGAAUUCGUUAAAGCAUAUGGCGUUACAUUUGAAUACAAAGGGCCUUGUCCUGUUAUAUCUUUUUAACAAUAUGAAAGAAAAGUUUUUAAGCAAAGUCUGUAAAGAGGAAUUUACAAUUAGUGUAGCUCCGGGCGGAUAACUUUCUUUCUUUAUCCGUAGAAAAAAGACGGCGUUCAUGUCUCAGCAACCAGCUCUUACAAAACACCCUGGAAAUUUCUCUGUCAAAAAAGAUGCGCAAAAUGUUUUUCUAAAAACAUCACGCCUCUGCUUUAAUCAAGAGCUAUUAAAACAUACAUUCUUUCCUCUCACUGACUUGGAUUGACUCUGGACUCACGCUUUCGUUUCUUGUCGCAGUGAUUUCCCGUUGCUUAAAGGGCUAGAUUUGUGGCUUCGUCUGAUAUUGUCCUUCUCGAGUUUGCUAUUUUCAUUGAAAUCCCUAUCUUAUACUAAUCUACCUGCUUGAACCAGACUUAAAGCUCGCUGUACUAUAGCCGAGAUGGUGUCAUUUCGUAUCAUUUGGAUGAAAAAUUGGCCCUGUGGUUUUUUGUAAUAGUAUUUAUACCGUGAAUACUGUGAUUUUACAUGUAAUCUGUCAUUUAAGUGAAAAAGUGCCACUUGGAGUGCUUUGUGGUGUAGUCAAAAGUAGAUUCACUACAGACGCAGAUGGCGAAACCAACAAAAGACCUCUAAUCCAUUCUAAAGUUAAGAUUGCAGGCUCUGUGAGCCCCAGAACUUUUAAAUAUCCAUCCAAACAUGCUAAAAAUCCAAAACUUUGGACCUAUUUGUUGUAAGCAAAAUUGAAAAGUACAAAAUAAUAGCAUUUGGAAGAGAUUUCGGAAAAGCAACUUUUCGGACAAUCCUGGCCAAAAGGAAGGCACUACAGUAAUAUGCAGAAAGGCACUAAAUUAGUAUGCAGGAAGACACUUUUUUGCGAGGGAAUCCUGCAUAUGUAAUGAAGUGAAUCCACCUCUUGCGAGGGAAUCCAAAGGGAAUCCACCAAACAGGAGUAAAGUGACACUAUUUUCGGACGAUACGAAAGCCGAAUUAAAUCAUUGUUUUAUCAUUCAUUCAAAUUAAUUCCUAGUUUAAAACUUACUUCCAUCGAUGGUAAGUUCAUCUUCGAUAGUGCAUGUUUUUCGGCAAAUUUAGGAGAUAAAGUGUUGUUCAGGUGUGCAAAUAUUCUAUGAAUAGCAGAUGUAAUCCGUCGAGUUGUCUUCUUGCUGUUCUUGCUUUUUUUUUCAGGGCUCGAAGUUAAAUUUUUAGUACACUUGCAAAGUUUUGCUAGUAAUAUUUUUUUCCUCUAGCAAACUGGUGAGACCACUAGCAAAUUUUUUCCCUUUGAAACGUCAAUGAGCACAUCAGAUAUAUAGGUUAAAAUUGAUCUUUCGCACAGUCUAUCAAUGAGCUGAAAAGUUUAAUAAAAAAUGGUAUUAAAUAUUAUUUGGUCUCCUUUGUUGUUGUCCUGACAGCCACCACCUAUCUACUGCAGCUCUGGGGUGAUAAUCAGCCUGUUUUUAUGGGCCCUCAAUUUUCAACUGUUUUCAGAUAAGCUGUGUUAUCUCUGUUGGAUUCCGACUUCAAACUCUUGUUCUUCGGUGGCUCGAGGUCUUCAUCGCCACUGGCACUCGUGUUAGAGGUCGAGGGUCCUGAGGGCCUCUUGAAGAAAGAAUUUAUUUUUGACAUAUGUAAUGAAAACCACGAGGAACAACAACAACAACACUCGCAUGCGCAUGUGUGGCACAGGGCUUCGGUGCAAUACCUCUCGCCAGUGGUUAACAGAAAAGGUGCUUUUCUCUGCUCAACGCUCGACCGCUGUAUUAUUUGUCUCACAUGUCGUCUGUUCAUUCCUUCUUGCGUUCGAACGGCUUUCUCCAAAUGUUUGGGAGACAUGGAUGAUUCUAACUCGCAAACGUUUGUUAGUGGAUAUUUUUGUUACUCGCAGAUUAUCAAAAUCAUUCGCAUUUUGCGAGUUUGUGUGCGUUAAUUUCGAGCGCUGGUUUUUAGUCAAUAGUUCGCGUAUUUCUUCUUCAUGAAACGAGUGAGAUGAUUGUUCCGCCAUUUUGUAUUCACUACCAAAAUAACCCAACCUCGUCCCCAGGUUUUCUCGGUUAACCUAUUCAAUAAUCUGGCAAUUUUGCUGCACGAUUGACGUCAUUGACAGUNUAUCUACUGCAGCUCUGGGGUGAUAAUCAGCCUGUUUUUAUGGGCCCUCAAUUUUCAACUGUUUUCAGAUAAGCUGUGUUAUCUCUGUUGGAUUCCGACUUCAAACUCUUGUUCUUCGGUGGCUCGAGGUCUUCAUCGCCACUGGCACUCGUGUUAGAGGUCGAGGGUCCUGAGGGCCUCUUGAAGAAAGAAUUUAUUUUUGACAUAUGUAAUGAAAACCACGAGGAACAACAACAACAACACUCGCAUGCGCAUGUGUGGCACAGGGCUUCGGUGCAAUACCUCUCGCCAGUGGUUAACAGAAAAGGUGCUUUUCUCUGCUCAACGCUCGACCGCUGUAUUAUUUGUCUCACAUGUCGUCUGUUCAUUCCUUCUUGCGUUCGAACGGCUUUCUCCAAAUGUUUGGGAGACAUGGAUGAUUCUAACUCGCAAACGUUUGUUAGUGGAUAUUUUUGUUACUCGCAGAUUAUCAAAAUCAUUCGCAUUUUGCGAGUUUGUGUGCGUUAAUUUCGAGCGCUGGUUUUUAGUCAAUAGUUCGCGUAUUUCUUCUUCAUGAAACGAGUGAGAUGAUUGUUCCGCCAUUUUGUAUUCACUACCAAAAUAACCCAACCUCGUCCCCAGGUUUUCUCGGUUAACCUAUUCAAUAAUCUGGCAAUUUUGCUGCACGAUUGACGUCAUUGACAGUAGCUAGUUAUUGUGAAUUAUGCGUGGGAUAUAAUAAUAAUAAUAAUAAUAAUAAUAAUAAUAAUAAUAAUAAUAAUGGAGUUUACUCAAUGGAAAUACAUUAAACGAAGUGAAAUGAUACAAUUUCAGGUUCAUCAGGGGGACUUCAACCUGUCAAAAAAGGUAAAACGCCCUUACCUCCAAGUGGUACCCCAGAUCCAAAGCACCCAAGACUGUCGAAAGAUGAAGGUAAAGCUUGCGUUUGCUACCCGUAUUACGUAACGCUGAGGUGUAUGAUGUGCACUUCGUUUUCACACAUACCGUAA